UUGACUGUCAGCGGCCCACGUGACUGUCGGCCAACUGUCAUGCAAUGCUAACAGCUAGCAGCUAGCCGGCUAAUCCAGGUGACUGGGGUACCGGGGAGGAGAAACCGUCCUGUUGACUUUAUAAAUCCGCCUUUAGCUGCGGUAGGAAAAGAUGUCCGGCAGCUGCAGGUCUGCGCUGUUUCUACUGCAGCGAUGUGUCGCAGUUCUGCGGCUGUCUGGAGCGGCGGCAGCGGCGGCUGCGACCCAAACAAGAAGCGGCGUGCUGUCUGCGUGCAGCUGGAGCCACGUUCAGCGGCGAGCGUGGGCUUCUGGUGGAGCCUCCGUGGGUCUGCGGACUCUCGGUCAGCUGCAGCCCGCGCUGACAGGCAUCCGGCACCGGUUCUGCACCAAGGCCGAGUCUCCGUGUGAAGCGGAGUACCCUCCUCUGCCCAACUACGAGGUGGAUCAGCCAGAAACCAAAGAGGUGUACAUCGUGCAGGUGAAGGGUCUCCCCUGGUCCUGCACGGCACAGGACCUGCUGCAGUUCUUCUCAGAUUGCAGGAUCCAAGACGGGGAGAAGGGGAUCCACCUGACGUUGAACAGGCUGGGGAAACCGUCGGGACGCGCCUUCAUCCAGAUGGAGCACGAGGACGACAUCCGCAAAGCUCUGGAGAAGCACAGGCAGUACCUCGGUCCGCGCUACGUGGAAGUGUACGAAGUGACAAACGCCGACGCUGAGGUGAUCCUGAAGAGAGAGGCUCGAGGAGAGGACGGGGUGGUGCUGCUCAGAGGACUCCCCUUCUCCAGCAGCGAGGACGACGUCGUCCGCUUCUUCUCUGAUUUGAAGAUCGCUGAAGACGGGAUCACCAUCGUCACAAACUCCAGGGGAAGAAACUCGGGGGAGGCGUACGUUCAGUUUUCCUCUCAGGAAGAAGCCGACAGAGCUCUGCAGAAGCACAGAGAGCUGAUGGGACACAGAUACAUCGAGGUGUUUCCCAGCAGCAGAGCUGACGUCCAGUCGGCCCGGAGGAGACUGACGAGUUGGAAUCCGUCCCAGCCGGCGAGCAGGAGACCGGUUCCUGAAUACCAGAGCAACCAGAGAGCAGUUUCCCAACAGGUCUCGGAUGUGCCGACCCAUUACAUCCACAUGAGAGGACUUCCCUUCCAGGUCACUGGAGAAGACAUCGCGAAGUUCUUCUCUCCUCUCGCCGUGGCCAAGAUCCGGGUCGAGUUCGGACCGGACGGGAGGCCGAGCGGCGAGGCCGACGUCUUCUUCCGCCGCCACCAGGACGCAGUGGACGCCAUGUCCAGGGACCGCAUGAGCAUGGGACACAGAUACAUCGAGUUGUUCCUGAACUCUGUGCCAGAAUCCGACUCACUGUGAGAAAAUCCCACCGUCAUCCAGAAGCUCUGAGGAUUUCUUUUCUCUGUAUGAAAACAAACGUUUCAGCCGUUUAAAGUUCAAUAAUGUACUUUUCUGGAAGGCCUUUGUAAACAAUUCUGGAUUCAGUUCUGCUGCACAUGAACAACAAUAACGCCUAAAUCCUGUUUGCUUCCCUUUGGGAACAGUAGAAAUGUAAAUUGAUCUCUGUGCUGAACAUUUAUUUUUAUUUUCAAGUGAAUGUCGACACAGAAACUCUGAGUUAAUAAUCAAGAUCAUAUUUAUUCUUUAGUAAAAUAUGAAACAAUAAACAUUAUUGGUGUCAAUGAAAUGUGAGCAUCUUUGUUUUUUAUUGUAUUGAGAAACAUUUCCAAUUACACUUUUUAAAAAAUAUAUGUAAGUUGUGUUUUUGGCUAGUUUUCAUGUCUUGGUUAAAAUAUUUUCAUUUUUAUUCUUGUUUAUGGACACAGCUUUGAAGGUCUCAGGUUGAGUGAAAUUAGAUCUGACUUCAUACGUUGUAAAAGGUGAAGAACAAUGCAGCAGUACAGUGAUAGUUGCAGACCUGUUUAUUAAUCUUAAAAGCAUUUCCAUCUCACGUGUAAAUUAAACACAA